GCCUCCAAAAGCAUCUUCCUGAUGCCGAAGGAGACGGCGCAGCAGACGUCCCCGGAGCUUUGGCCGCAGGCGCCAGCACAGCUGAGCAGCCAGCCGAACCUGCCAAAGCCGAGCUCGACAGUGGCCACACAGACCGACACGGUGCUGGGGCCUUCCGAGCUGAGCCCCGAGGUCCCGAGGGGCGACUGGGCGGCGGGAGUUCAGCACGAGGUGCGCGAGCCAAGGCCGAGCGUCGAGCAGGACCCGAGCCCGCAUCGCGCAGCUACUCAGCAGGGCUUAGUGUUGGCGGCCGAUCCCAGGUCCAAGAGCAAGCCGGGCCAGGGCCCUGCCCCGAGCCUCACAGAGGGCAUGACGCCCUCGACCUCCACCGCUUCCUUGCCACACCGCGGAGCCUUCGCUAGCGUGAGCUCUGCGAUGCUGCCGUCCGCCAGCGGGUCCUCCAUUCAGGCUUCGCACAACCAAUCACUGGAGCUGCCACCCGAACCGGAGGCCAUCCGAUCACAACCAAACUUGCGCUCUCACGAGUCCAUCUCCCCGGUGGCAGAAACUCGCCUCGCGAAGCGCAAGAGCUUGGAGGACCUCGGCUUCGUGGCCUCCCCAGACCGCCUGGGCCGCGACCGCGAGCGCCUGAGCCGCGAGCGCGAGCUGGCGGUGAGUCCCAGCCGCCAGGUGAGCCACGUGAGCCAGGAGAGCCAUGAGCUGGAGAUCCUGGAAGCCAAGCAGCAGUUCGUCCGGCAGAUUUCGGAGUCCAUCGGGCAGCAGGCGGCGGCGGCGCAGCUGGGCCCCGCAGAGGCGGCGAAGAGCGCGGCGCAGGCGGCGCAGCGCGGCGCCGCGGAGCAGGGCCUCUCCAAGGAGGAGGCGGUGGAGGUGGCCGCCAGCUGUGCUGGCCUGGCCGCCGCAGAGGCUGCAGUUCAGCUGGGCUACAGUCCGGAGGAGGCUGCGCUCACGGCCACCGAACAAACCAGCUCGACAGCUUCGGCCUUGGGCCUGAACAGGGGCCAGGCGCUGCAGAGCGCCGCCCACGCCGUGGGGGCCGUCAUCGGCAAAGCCGCCGCCGAGAGCCAUUGGAACCCGGCAGACGCUGCGGGCCAUGCCGCCAACACACUGCGGAAGUUCAUCGAUGCCAACGAUGCUCACGACAACCUCAUCCAAACCACGGCCACCGCCACGCACGAGGCGGCGCGCGCGGUGGCGCUGGCCCAAGGGGCGCCGCCGGCGCUGGCGCACCAAAUCGGCGCGGAGGAGGCCUCGCGGAUCACCUCGCAGCUGGUGCAUCAGAAGCUCCGCUUCGCGGCCACCUCCGCGGUGGCCGCCGCCAGCCCCGGAGCCGGAGCCGGAGAUGCGGGCGCCUCCCGCUUCGUGGCCUCCGUGCCACGAAACACUGGGAGCCGCGGCAGCGAGGGAUCUUCCUCAAGAUCCUCCAGACCCUCCACCAAGGAAAGGCCUAUGUCCAAAGGCUUGGGCCUGCCAGAGGCUUUGGACCGAGUGCCUCUGCCACCGCUGAAUUUGGAGAAGGAGUCGAUCACCAAGAGCCUGCCGCUGGCUCAGCCUUCCAGACCCGCGCCAGUGAAGCGCCGGUUCUCCAUCACGGAGCUCACCAUGCCGGACAUGCCGCAAACGGCGCGGCGGGCCUCGCAGGCACAGGCGCUGGAGCAGCAUGGCUCGCUCACGGAGAGGCAGGCGGGCCCCCGCCUCUCGGCGAGCGAGUACCCCGAGUCCGCGCGGAUCCUGGGCUACGCCAGGACCGGGGAGUCGCCCGAGAGCCGACCGGCUGAAAAACCGGAACGACCUCACAGAGGUCCAUCGCAGGAGCCUCCUCCCUUCCAACGCCGGGCUUCCGCCAUCCAACUGGAGCUCGAAGCAGUGCUGCCAAGCACCAAGCCCAAGCUGCAGGGAUGGCAGCGAGUCCGGGAAAAGCGGGAUGAGAAGGCGACCGCCUUGGGCCUCAGCCCCGAGCGCGGCCGGGCUCGCAGGGCCUCACUUACUCCGCGGCCGGAGCCGCCUGAGGAGACCUCGUCUCCUGAGACCGACCGAAGGAACUUUGCGCAGCACAUCCAGAUGACGAAGGUGGCACAGGAGCGUCCGAGUCCCCCACGGAGGCCUCCUGGCGUGGUGCCGCAACCCCCCAGCAGCCACCCGGCCGGCGCCGCGGCGGCCGGGCGCGCCAUGCGCCUCAACCUGGCAGUGGGCAAGGCCCCGGCCCCGGCCCAGCCGUUGGACGCCACGCACGCCUUGCAGGAGCUUCGAGCGCGAAAGCCGUCAUCCAAGAAGUCCACGGAGAAGGCCCAGCUCGGUGGAGAUCUGCGCAUCGAUGCAGUGCGCCCCCUUCCGGAGGCCCGCAGCCCGGACCGGGCCCGGCGGCGCCAGAGCCACCUGCCGGAGGCGAAAAGCAAGGAGGCGCCCUUCGCGCCGGACAUGGCCAGUUUGUUCGUGGGCAAAGAGGAGAAGGAGAAGGAGGCGAAGCGACACGAGCGAGAGGUCCGGGAGCGCCAGGCGUCCCCUGGUGAGGCGCCCAGCUUCACGCCCCGGCGGGUGGCCACUGACCGUUUGGACACUGCAGAGGGUAAGCCCUUCGGCUAUUCCCCGGGCAGCACCGUGCGCGACGCGGAGGGCCUGGGAAAUAUGCUUUCAGUGUCCUCCUUGAACGUGGACCCGAAGGUCCGGUCUUCCCAGUCCUUCCACAAAACCGAGGGCAAAGAGGCAGAUGUGUCUCCUUCGAGGUCCCUCCGGGGCAACGCAGAUGACGCUUCGCCGAGGUCGCGGAAGGAAGAAAGGGAAGCCAAGGAGGGGAAGGAUGCAGACGAGUCGCCGACAAGGUCGCUGACGUCACAUAUAGCUUCAGCAAAUGUCUCAAAAGAAGCAGUGCAAAGAGUGGAAGUGCAGCUGGAGAGAGGAGCCGCGCGCAUCAAGGAAGCAGAACUCAUCCCUUCGGAGCCUCCCAAGGAGCCUCCGAAGCCAAAGGAGUCGAAGGAGGGAGAGGCAGAAGUUCUGGUGAAGCGCGUCUGCGAAAGCCUCGACAGGAAGUUUGGCAGCGUGGAUGCCGCUUUCCUCAGCAUGUCCGCGAAGAUGAAUCGCCUGGAGAGAGCGGAGUCGUUGACGGAAGGCGAUGACAAGGAAGACAGGACCUUGCUUCAACUUCGGGGCUGCUUGGUGGAGUCUGGCGUGGGCCACAAGGACGCCACUCUGCUGCUGCAGGCGAUGCGAUCUGGCCUGCCAGGUCAAAUGCCUUCCCUGCAAGAUGUGGCCAACUCCUUGAGGCCCGGGUGCUUGCAGCAAGCGGCGUUGGACCAGGCCAAGAAGAAGAGCGCCUUCUCGCUGAGCGGAAGUGACGAUCCCAACAUCAACCUGGACAGCAUCCGGGGCAUCUCCAACCUGGAUGCCAGGAGCAUCUUGGAGCGUCAGGGCGCACCUGUGAUUCUUCCUCUGCCUGCGCCACCAGGCGCGCGGAGCCGCUCCAACAGCCCGGGCAAGCGUUCCGGCUCCAGCUCCCCCAAGCGGAAUGCCACGCGCUUGGCCGAUUGGCUGUCAAGCUUGCAGAGCUAACCCUCCUUCCAGGUAAGCCUGGCUCCGUUUAGCUUGCACCCUGCCCAUGGGGCCGAGUCAGUUUGCUUUUCGGGAGCGCUUCUUGCUGCGACGUCUUGAAGCCGCCAUGCUCGCUGCUUCGUGGGGUGUUUCACUAACCAAGCCC